AUGGUCCAAAUCAGCGAGGUCAAGGGCAACAAGCGAGACAACCGCACGGCUGCCCACACUCACAUCAAGGGCUUAGGCUUGAAAUCCGAUGGAUAUGCAGAGAAGCAGGCGGCUGGUUUUGUUGGCCAAGCAGCCGCGCGCGAGUCCUGUGGUGUUGUGGUGGACUUGAUUCGAGCUCAGAAGAUGGCCGGCCGAGGUGUUCUGCUCGCGGGAGGUCCUGGAACCGGAAAGACAGCUUUGGCGCUCGCCAUCAGCCAAGAGCUGGGCACCAAGAUCCCAUUCUGCCCUAUCGUCGGCAGCGAAAUCUACUCGACCGAAGUAAAAAAGACCGAGAUGUUAAUGGAGAACUUCCGAAGAGCCAUUGGCCUCAAGGUCCGAGAGACGAAGGAGGUGUACGAAGGAGAGGUCACAGAACUCACACCUGAGGAGGCUGAAAACCCUCUAGGCGGCUACGGCAAGACCAUCAGCACGCUGCUGAUCGGACUCAAGAGCGCAAAGGGACAAAAGAAGCUUCGCCUCGACCCUAGUAUCUAUGAGGCGAUCCAGAAGGAGAGAGUCACAGUCGGCGAUGUUAUCUAUAUCGAAGCGAACACCGGCGCCUGCAAACGAGUCGGACGAUCUGACGCCUAUGCUACGGAAUUCGAUCUCGAGGCGGAGGAGUAUGUGCCCAUUCCCAAGGGUGAGGUGCACAAGAAGAAGGAAAUCGUACAGGAUGUUUCGCUGCACGACUUGGACGUGGCCAAUUCUCGUCCCCAAGGCGGCCAAGACAUUAUGAGUAUGAUGGGCCAGCUGAUGAAGCCCAAGAUGACGGAGAUUACGGACAAGCUGCGUGGCGAGAUCAACAAAGUGGUCAGCAAGUACAUCGACCAGGGUGUUGCUGAACUUGUGCCUGGUGUUUUGUUUAUCGAUGAGGCACACAUGCUCGAUGUGGAGUGUUUCACUUACCUGAACAGAGCCCUCGAAUCGCCCAUCGCCCCCAUCGUGGUUUUGGCUUCCAACCGGGGAAUGUGCACUAUCAGAGGCACUGACGACAUUGUCGCAGCCCACGGAAUCCCCUCUGACUUUCUCGCACGAAUGCUCAUUAUCCCCACAACGCCCUACGAAGCAGAUGAAAUUAAGCGUAUUGUCCGGAUACGAUCAACAACCGAGGGCGUCUCAGUGUCAGAUGCUGCCAUUGACAAGAUCUCUGAACACGGUGUCCGCAUCAGCCUGCGGUAUUGUCUGCAGCUCCUAACUCCUUCGAGCAUUCUUGCCAAGGCCAACGGCCGCUCGCAAAUCGACGUGCAGGAUGUUGCUGAAUGUGAGGACCUGUUCCUUGAUGCAAGCCGAAGUGCCGCCCUUCUUAGCAGCGAGGCUGGACGAGGAUACCUCGCGUAA